AUGGCUGCCACCUCCCUCUUCUUUGGUGGCCUGAGCUUGAUGCACGCUCAUCAGGGAGCGACAGCGCAGGGCACCCUCGCUUCCACCUCGCUCUUCAGCAUCCCUACAGCUAGCGAGCUCAUGCGUCGGAUAGCACUUGCUUUGGACUCACUUUUGCACGCUCUCUCCACCGCAUCGGAUCUGCUCUUGGCUGUCGACAUUCGCACGCUAUUAUGGACUGCUGCUGGACUGCUUUCGAUCUUGACAAUUGGUGAGUCACCUUCUUGCCCGCCCACUCUUCUCGUCGACUUUUCCUGACCCGAUAUGCACUACAUGCACCCAGCGUACUGGACAAAUCCUAGCGAUGCUUCAUUCCGCACUUUCCUGGCAGACCUCUCUCUGCAUCAGCACCUUCGUCAGCUUCACGAGGAUGCUCCGCCUGUUGCACCAGUGCUCGCACUCUCGUCAGAGAAGCAGGAUGAUAUAGGGUCAGACGCUUUGGACGAGCUGAGCAUUCGAGCGGCGGAGCAACAGACCUCGCCUCACGUCAUCACCUUUGCCAACCGGAUCUCCAUCUCACUUCGCACGCCGCCGUAUAGGAGGAGGGAUCUAGGUCUCUUCACUGUUGUCUCCGUUACUCACGUUCCGACAGAUGGUCACCGAGGCAGCAGCAAUUUCUCUGCGCGUAGACCAGGCGCGGAUGGGAAGGUGGAUUGCGCACACUGCGGAACGCGUCAUGUAGCUGGACCCUUGCAGCAAAAGUCAUGGUUCGUUGGCGCAUUUGGUCGAUGGUUCGGUGGAACGUUGAGCUGCGCUCUGGAGUCUCGAUUGGACCGGGCCGACCGGGCCGAAAGGGCAGAUGGCGGUAGUGCAUCAACAGCCUCCAGCGGACAAACCGAUGACGACUACGGGGUCCUGGGAAUGCUCGCUCACGACGAGGCCAGAGCGACGCGUAAGUCCAGCAGCGCUUGCCGCGCAACACCUUGCCCCACUGACCCCUCACCUGAAUGGUAUCCACUGAUGCGAGCAGCUGACGAUUCGCCAACGCGAGACGAGUAUGAAGCUGGCGAGCCCGCCUCGCCGUUGAUCGAAAGCGCAGCAGAGAAGCAGACAACCACGCUGGAGGAUGAGCAUUCCGAGAAGCCUGGAGCAUCGACGCGUCCAUCCAAGUCUCGGCGAAAGAAGCACCUUCAGCGACCCCGGCCAAGUCAGCCGCUGCCCACUAAAGAGGCCGUGGUCAGUGAUCUGAAAGCAUCAGCGGAGCCGGGCAAACGAUCAGAUCAUGACACAAGAGCCUCUCGAGUGACGCCGACUGCCAACACACCGAGAGAUGCGCAGGCUAGCAGCCCCGCGAUCAAAUGCUCCGAGACCUCUGCAAUCAUGAAUAAGGUGGGCGCAGCUUCACCCGCUUUGCUUGCUCUGGCUCAACAGCUGGCAACCUCGAAUAGUGCAGCGGCAGAGCUCCAGGCAGCCCUUGACCAGAUACACGCCAACUCUGGAACUACUAGAGAGCAGCUGCAAGCACAACUAGACGAGUUGAGAGAGCGGAAGCGUGAAGAGGAUGGCACGAGAUUGGACCUGAGAGGGAGGAUGAGGGGCCUGGACGACAGUAGGAGACAAGCUGACAAUAGCAAGAGAGAUGCAGAAAGGCGGCUCAAAGCAGCUGUAGGACUGCGCGAAGCCAUUGAAGGUCGAAUAGAAGCAAGGCGGAAGGAUGUAGCUGCUUUACACAAACGAGAGACUGCAAGUGCAAGGCGAGUCUCAGAAAAUCAACGGCAUUUAGCGGAGAAGGCACUCGAGGUGGAGCAAGAAUCGAGCGAAAAAGCCAAAGCAGAGGAAGACGCAGUGAGAGACAUCGAGGAGCUUCGUGAGAGACUGCGCCACCUCGAGAAGCGGCUUUCGGAGGAAGAAGCAAAUCUCCAGGCGUGCAAGGAGCAGGCAAUUGUGCAGCACAGAGCCCAUCAGCUGGCUCAUGAGACUCAAUCUGCCUCCAAUGCUACUGCUGCGCAUCAUCCUUCUGUGCCACCCCAUUUGCAACACCAUCCUCACCACCCUCCGCAGCACGUCGUCCCUCAACACUAUGCUUAUCCCUUUUACGAUCCGUCAAUUCACGGCUCUCUCCCACCUCAAGCCCCCCAGUCCAACAUCUAUCCGCUCCUAUCUGCCCCUAGCGACAAUGCGGCCACUGAUCGCCGAGACUCGGAGGACGAGUUUGGCCCUGCGCCUUUUGAUUUCGGAUGGAGCAGUGGAAGGACAGAACGGGCGCGAGCAGAGGCAGCAGCAGCAGCAGCAAGCACCUUCUCGCCGCAAUUGAUCGUCCCGGUCGAUCAAGAACAACACCCGGAUGCCGAUGUGUCACGUCGUGGCUCAAGACGCGCGAGCGACUUCAUACCUGGCUUUGAAAAUGCGCACACUGGCCAUCGGUCCGACCUCACGCCCGGUGUUGUGGACUCAAAUCUGCUUCACGCGCGAAGAGGGGCCGAAGGCUACAUGUCGCUUUCGGGAGCGAUAAAUGGCAACACGAUCACGCCGCCUCGCCAAUAUGUCGGAAUGGAUGCGGCAGUGCCAGCAACGCCUUUCACACCAUUGUCCCCUUUCUCGACGGAUCUCCUCCCGCGAAACCUCUUUCUCAAUGCAGACGACGAUGAGACGCAUGCCGGCAUUUUGCCCGGCUCGCGCUCAGAGCAGGUCGAAGCAGCUUUGGGGCGGUUGGGUCUCGAGUCAGACACAUCUGACGUGGAAGGCAGUCUGGCAUCAGACAAGGACGCUAAGGAGGGGGCUUUGGAGCAUUCAGUGGUCACUGGUCCCGCUGACUUGGCUGAGACAGUCGAGCCUACGCAGACGGAAAGUACAGGCGCUGGGGACGUUGCGACGAAAGUAUCCAGGCGCUCGUGGUGGGGCGGCAAGGGCCGGCCAUCGAGUAAGGGUGAGCCUCAAGCAGAAAAGCCGGAGCUACAGGGGUCGGUAUCGCCUCCAACCCCCAUGGUAGAAGUGGCACCGGGCACAAGCGGAGAGAAUGUGAAGCGGCGUUCUAGCUCAAUCUUCCCGAGAUUGUCGCUCAAUCCCGGCGCUAAAGCGUUUCGAAGCGGUUCUCGCAACAAGCAUUCGAGUGAUGGGCCUGACAGCGCAUUGAGCAUCAAUAGGCCUGUCAUACGAGGCCCGCUUGAUGCCUGGCCAAUUGCCAAUCAACCAGUCAUUCCUUCAGACUACGACGCUGUUCGACGUGCCUUCGAUACGAGCGCUACGGCCGACGAGGAGCAGGGCCGACGGUCAUGGAGCGCUUUCGACACUUGGGUACACGCAGCGCACUCGCCAACGCAAGGGCCAUCUCAGGAGUCCGAUCCGCGCAUUGCUGCUCUGCUGAACUCCAGACGUGAUGGGGCUGCGACAGAUAAGCACGAUCAUGGUCUUGGUGGUCGCCAUCCCUACUUGCACUCGUCGGGCGCGCUUUCAGGGUUUCGUUCCAGCUCAGACUCCUUGCCGCGAGGAGGUGCGCCGGGACGCCCAAGCGGUGAAUGUGCCAAUCGAAGCACAGAUGACGUAUUCAGCCCCCUGUCACGCACCAUUUCGCACCCGGAGUCCAGCGUCGCUUCUAGCUCACCAGAUGUCCGCACAAGUAGGCUGCGAUCAUUCUUUCGAGGGACACCCAGCGGCGCAGAUCUCGAUUCGACAGUCGAGCAAAGCUCCACGUCGCCCAAGACUACGAGGGAUAGUGCGAGCGAGGCUGGUCUACCCGAGGAAGCGACCUCGGCAGCUUUUAGCAACGGCGGCAGCGCAACGCACUCGAGCUCAACGCCUCCGCCUGGCGCUUCACAUACCGACGCGGUGAUCUCGAACUCGUACAUUGACCAUGCAAAUCCAUCAGCCAACUUCUCUUCACCAUCCAAAAAGCGCCAGGCGUUCCGCUGGAGCACCUCGGCGAAGCGAUCCGUCGAAGAGUCGUCUGACGGUCAGUGAGGCAUGAAGUCGGUCAAUCCCUUGGCGGUGUCGGUAGAGCUGCGAGUGGCCGAUGGUAAUGGAAUACAUGAAGCACAUACGCGAUCACGCUUGCUCGCUGCCCACUUCAGGAUCCCCUUGACACCACGAAUGAUGUCAGCUCAGCUGCUUGUUUGUACGCCUUCGACUUACGCUUUCAUUGCUUCUCUCCACUCAGUGCAAACCAAUCGCUUGUUCGAGUGA